UUUUCGGGCCAAGUCGCUUCACCGUUGGCUCAAUUUAGAACCGAGCAAUCGGCCAAAGAUUCAGUCAGGUGCGAAGCACCGAGCGAUACGGACGUGUUCGCCUCCAGUGAGCCAAGAAUCCCGCACAGCCGAAUUUAAAAGUCAACCAAGAUCUCUGCGAUCGAAAGUGAGAUUUGUGUGCAAAGUGAAAACUGAGGAUCGAUAUAUCCCUCAGCCCGGAAAGUAGAAGAAAGAGUUAAAGGCAAACUAUAAGCCAAGUGAAUACCGAGAGAUCAAUAUGAAUCACCUAUCGCCGCCCCCAUCGCCGCACUCGCAGCAGCCGAGUCCAGCCUACAAUGGAGCCGCCCUCGACAAGCAGUGGAUGCAGCGGGCAUCCGCCUUCAAUACCGUGAUCGCCUCCGCCGCCGCCCAGAAAUUGAACGGAAGAGAUCUUCCCUUUCUGUACAACCCGCUGCUCUACUCCAGUGCCCUGCUCUGGCCCCAGUUCCUGCUGUCCUCGGCCACGGCUCUUGGCACUCCACUCACACCCAUGACCCCCAAGUCACCAGCCUCCGUGGUGCUGGGACAGCGGGAUCGUGACUACGCCCUGACCCCCGAAAAAGAGCACGAGCUCCAUAUCAGCCAGCAGCACAGCAGCGAAUUGGCCAGGCAGGAGGAGCAGGACGAGGAUAUGCCUCUGAACUUGAGCACCAAGCAGCGCAUCAAGUCGGAUCUAAGCGACCAGGAGCAGUACCACAACCGCAGCAGCAGCAACAGCAGCAGCCACAACAGCAGCCGUAGCAGCUCCAGCAGCGGCGAGGUGGAGCCCCUGCAUCCGAUGCAAGCUCUCAACGUGACCCCACCGCCACUGAGGGCCGUUAAUCUAAAGAGCUCCGGUUCCGGAACCCCACAGCAGCAGCGCCAGCGAUCGCAGGGCAACAUCAUCUGGUCGCCGGCCUCGAUGUGCGAAAGAUCAGCACGCCGGGAGCAGUAUGCCCUGAAAAUGGAGGACGAGGAAGAGGAGGAGGAGCACCAGGUGGAUCCCAUAGUGAGGAAGUUCAAGUACGAGCGCCGAACAGCCUCCAUAUCCUCGCUGCAGUCACCGAUCUCCUCGCUGUCCGCUCCGUCAACGAAUCCCGUCCGUGACCUGGAGUUCGAUGUGGCCCAGCAGCAGUUGUAUGCCCACCGCAGUGCCUUCAUGGCGGGACUGACGGGCAACAACCUGGAGCUGCUCACCCAGCACCUCAAGUCUCAGCAGCAACAACAGCAGCAACAGCAGCCCCAUCGCAUCAAGGACAUCAAGGAUGAGCAGCAGGAGAAUCGCUCGGCAGCCGCUCUUAUGGGCUUGGUGGCCGCCGCCGAGUUCGGCUACAUGCGUAAUCAACACCAACAGCCGACGCAGCAGCAGCAGCAGCAGUUGCAUCAUCAUCAGCAGCAGCAGCAUCACCAGCAGCAACAUCCUGACUCGACGGCCACAGAUGUUGCGCGUCGCUCGUCCAGCUCCUCUUCGUACCAAGGCGAAGGCGAGGAGAAGCGCAGCGGCAGGAACUUCCAGUGCAAACAGUGUGGCAAGAGCUUCAAGCGUUCAUCCACCCUGUCCACGCAUCUGCUCAUCCACAGCGACACCCGCCCGUAUCCCUGCCAGUACUGCGGCAAGCGGUUCCACCAGAAGUCGGACAUGAAGAAGCACACCUACAUACACACAGGCGAGAAGCCGCACAAGUGCACCGUCUGCCUGAAGGCCUUCAGCCAGAGCUCCAACCUGAUCACGCACAUGAGGAAGCACACCGGCUACAAGCCCUUCGGCUGCGGGCUCUGCGAUCAGUCCUUCCAGCGGAAGGUGGACCUGCGACGCCAUCGGGAGAGCCGGCACGAGGAGGCGCCGCUGGAGGACAUCAAGCCGCAGGACCUCAUGCCCCUCAAGAUGGAGGUGAGCAGCAGCAGCUGCUGACCCAGGCAGCGGCCGCCCAGAUCUGGAUGAUUUGGAUCCCAGUAUUAGCUAAGGACACCGAGAGAGAGACACACAUACACACACAGUUGGCCCCACGUCUAAGUCGCUGCUAAGAAGCCAAAGUUUGUUUUGUUUAGGCCUCCGCAAAGAUUUACCUAGAAUUAAGCUCUAUUGUUACACAUUCCCACUAGGAUUCCGCUCAACUGUAGCCCGUAAGCCUGUACAUACCUAUGGUUAGUUAUGGAAACAAGACUCUUCGUAUUAGCUCGUAAAUAGCUCGAUAAGUAAUCUUAUUUAUUGCAUUAACCUGUAUCGAUUUGGUUUAAACUUAACCCAAAAUUGGCAGCUAAACGUACCAAAGAAUACCACCAACGAUUGAAAUACCACUUGGCGACCACUUGUCCAAAUUCAGUAUCCUCCCCCAAUUAUUUAUACACCAUUUAUAUGCGAAUGUUUUUAGUUUACUCUUAAUUUCUAGCUUACCCAAUGAUUUUUUAUUGCAUUUAUGUUUAGUUAGAUAUCGUAUGAUUUUUUGGAAAAUAAAGUUGAAAGCUAAAAGAGAACGAA